AUGGGGGAGGACCUCGACCGCAUUAUCUGGGAUGAGGAGCUGGGAGAGUCGGAGAGAAGGAUCAUCUUCACAGAGGAGAAAGGAGGUGAUCUGCCUGAGUACACAUACGACAGGGAGCUGUCAGACUUCCAGAUUACAGAGGAUGCAGUGAGGAAGCAGUUGGCAAGCUUGGAGAAGAGAAACGCCUCAGGCCCUGAUGGCAUCAGCCCCAGUCUGCUUGCUGAACAUGCUGAACCUCUUGCCCAGCCCAUCACCAUCAUCUUUAGGAACUCCCUAGAGUCUGGCACCAUAGCCAGAGACUGGAGAACCAGCAAUGUGACCCCCAUCUUCAAAAAAGGCAGUCGCCUUCUAGCCAGCAACUACAGGCCCGUCAGUUUGACCUGCAUUUUAUGCAAUUGCAUGGAGGCCCUCGUCAGGGAUCAGAUCGUCGACCACCUGCAGUGCAACAGCCUGAUCAGCAGAAAGCAGCACGGCUUCACCAAGGGGCGGUCUUGUGUCACCCAGCUUCUUGAGAGCCUAGACAUCUGGACUGAGGCCCUAGACGAAGGAGGAUCCAUCGACGCGGUCUAUAUGGACUACAUGAAAGACGCACAGACGGCUUGUAGCAAAAGUGGAGGCUCAUGGCAUCAAGGGGAGAGUACUCCAGUGGAUGAUACCAAGGUCUUUGCCCGCAGUGACAUCCCAGAGGCAAGAAAAACCCUGCAGGAGGACCUGGACAGACUCCACAAGUGGUCUAUGGACUGGCAACUGCACUUCCACCCCGAAAAGUGCAACCUGCUUCGCCUUGGAUACACCAGCGACACCGUCCAGUACACCAUGAGAGGCUGCAAUGCUCAAGGCAAAGAGUACGUGACCCUACUGAUGGAAAGGGACACUGAAAAAAAUCUGGGAGUAGUGAUCGACAGGGACCUGAGCUUUAAAGGCCAAGUAGUGCAAGCAACAGCUAAGGCGAACAGAGUACUGGGUGUUAUAAGGCGAACCUUCGACUGCAUCACGCCUGAGAUCUUCAUCCAGCGCUACAAAUCCCUCGUUCGACCGAUGCUCGACUAUGGCCACUCACUCUGGCAGCCAAGGCACAAGACUCUGUGCUCCGACCUGGAUGACGUUCAGAGGAGGGCAGCCAAGCUUAUCGCAAGCCUCAAGGACAAGCCGUACCCAGAACGCCUCGCCUCGCUUGGUCUACCCAGCUUGGAGCACAGAAGACUAAGGGGGGACAUGAUCGACAUUUUCAAGUACGUCCACGGCGCCUACGAAGCUGACCGCCUCCAGCUGCACCUUCACGACGGCAGAGUUACCCGCGAGAACAGCCUGAAACUCGCCAAGGGCCAAUGCAGACUGAACGUCAGAGCCAGCUACUUCUCCUACCAAGUCGUGUCAAUAUGGAACAGCCUGCCGGACAACGUGGUCACUGCCCCCUCUAUUAACGCCUUCAAGAUCAGGCUCGACAAGCACUGGUGA